AUGGCGACUGCCCGGUCAGACGAGAAAGCGACGGCGUCAUCUCCUGGUCAUGACGCCGAAACAGCCAUAAACCCAACAUCAACCGACAAAGACUUAGCGAUCAACCUCGUCGGUGAAUGCGCACAAGAAAUCGAUCCAGCAAUUGAAGUAAAAGUUCUUCGAAAGAUCGACUGGUUUCUCAUCCCAGCCAUGAUAGUGGGCUACGGUCUAGUAUACUACGACAAAGCCAUCCUCGGUUCCGCCGCUCUCUUCGGCAUGACAACCGACCUACAUCUCACGCAAACCCUCUCCCCUGCCACUUACACCUCUCCAGCCGUGAUCUCGACAACACGCCUCUCAUGGGCCACCUCAUUGUUCUACUUCGGGAUGCUAGCAGGCCUCUACCCCCUCACCUUCGCUCUCCAACGCUUCAACUUAGGCCGUAUCCUUGGCGCCGUCGUCUUACUCUGGAGUCUCAUUUGCAUGUUGACAGCCGCUGUUACAGACUACAGGGGAUUCUACUACACGCAACGCGAGCAAUCCGUUCGCCAGUCCUGGUGGUUUAGCAGCACGGGGCUCUUCACCAUCAUCGGUGGCGCGCUGAACUACGGGUUCGCACAGAUAACUUCCGGCGCCUUACGCCGUUGGCAGUACAUCUACCUCCUCGCUGGGUGUCUAACCUUCCUCUUCGGUUGCUUCUGCUUCUUCAUCCCCAAUUCCUGCGCCGAGGCGUGGUUUCUGACGAAGAACGAACGCGUGGUAGCUGUUGAGCGGCUGAGGAAGGGAGCGACGGGCGUGCGGUGUCAGAAGAUCAAGAUGUAUCAACUCAGGGAAUGCGUCACGGAUGUAAAGUUUUACCUCGUAUUCCUGCUCAUGGGGUCAGCAUACACCGUCAACGGCGCAGUCUCCGGAUUCGGCCCACUUAUCGUAAACACAUUCGGAUGGUCGCCUCUCGCAUCCAUACUCUGGCAGUUUCCGCUUGGACUCAUUUGUCUUGUCACGAUCCUGCUGUGCGGAUGGUCGUCCUCGCGGAUACCCAACAUCCGGAUCAUCUUACUCAUCGUAAACUGCCUCCCCGUCAUAGCCGGCUGCGCCAUGAUCUGGAAAUCCUCCUGGACAUACCAUGCCCCCACGCCCGUCGCGGGCUACUCCAUAAUCGGCACUUUCGGCGCGGUAGUCAGCCAAACAAUUGUCAUUGCCAUGUCCAACGUCAGCGGCGCAACGAAGAAGAGUGCCAUGGCCGGUACGGUCUUCGUUGCGUAUUGCGUAGGCAAUAUCGUUGGACCGCUGUUGAUACGGAGUCAGGAAAAGGGGCAACAUUAUCCUAGGUUAUGGACAGGUUUGAUCAUCUGUUAUUGUAUUACAAUUGCGUCGGCCGUAGCGCUUUAUGUGCAUCUCAAGAGGGAGAAUGCGAAAAGGGAUGAGAUGAGUGUUGAUGAGGGGGAGAGGGAUAAGUUGGCGUUUAUGGACUUGACGGAUAAGGAGAAUGUGUACUUUAGGUAUGUGUUGUGA